GCCUACGGUCUCGAGCUCCACGUCAAAACAUUCCAGCUGCUACAGACAGGUCGCCAAGCUGAAGUACAGAUCGGGGACCGUUGCGUGCAGUGCGAGGAAUCGCUCGUGUACUUGUGGUCGACUCUGACUGCUGACGGAAAGAUGGCGACCGAACUCAGCCGAAGGAUCGGUUUGGCGAGCGCGGAGUUCCGUGCAGUGAGGCAAGUGUGGCGGCAUUCCGUUUUAUCUCGCAGAUGGAAGCUGCAUGUCUUCACCGCGCUCAUUGAAUCAAAACUACUGUACGGAUUGUCCGCCGGAUGCUGUUUGAAAGCUGAUUUGCGGAGUUUUGACGGCUUCCAAGCCAACUGUCUGAGAGUGAUCAUGGGCAUCUCACCAUCCUAUACCUCGCGGAUCUCGAACGCGGAGGUCCUGCAGAGGGCCGGCGUGCAAUCCGCUUCAGACCAGCUCUACAGACGGCAGCUCGUGUACAUGGGCAAGAUCGUGCGCUCCCCGCCGGAGUCGGCACUGAGAAGGGCGUCUUUCAUUCCCGGGACAGACGUGCCGGCCACCGACCGCUAUGAGAGACGGCGUGCCCGACCGAACAAGGAGUGGAUACGCACAGUCAUGCCACAGGCUAUUCAGCUGACUGGAUCAUAUGUGCGAUUCCGUGAGCAAGUUGCGGAGGAGCACGCGUGGAAGCAGCUGGAACUCGCGGAUCCCCUUGAGCUAGACGUACAGAAGGCCGACGCAUCGCUUAAGGCAAAGGCGACUGCAGAGCCCGACCCACCGGCGACGGAGCCGCAGGAGGAGAAGCUGGCGGCUCUCCUGGCGAAGCCGUACGCCCUCAGCCACGCCUUCGCCGACGACGGCACGAGCGGCGAUGUGGAAGUGCCGACUGGCAGGGGCAAGAAACAGGAGACGGUGCAUAGGAAUACAAGUUCAUGGGCGUACGAUUCGGAUACGCGGGCUCGCGCUUUCGCCGAGUUUGGCGCGGUGGCCAGCUUUGAGGGCUCGCCCCUGCGCUUGCCCAAGCCGCGCCGCCGGGCCCCGCCGCCGCCCCGGGCGCCGCCGCGCGCGGGCGGGCGGGCGCCGCUGCGCGCCGCCGCCGCGGGCGCCGCCGCCGCGCCGCCGCGGAGGGGCGCCGCCGCGCCGCCCGCGCUGCGCGCCGGCGCUGCGGCGCGGGCGCGGCUGCCCGCCGGCUGGCGGGCGGCGCGGCUCCUCGCGGCGGGGUCCUGGGCCGCCGCGCUGGCGCGGCGGCGGGGAGGCUCCUCGCGGACGCGCGCCGGGGCGCGCGCCGCGGCGUCGAGGGUGGCGCGGCGGCUGGCGGCGCCGCAGAGGGAGGAGGGCCUCUUCGCGCAGAAGGCGGGGCUUCGCGACGUGCUGCUGGGCGUCCUCUGGGUGGUGCCCGUGGCGGUUGCCGCGGUCAUUGUCAGCCCCGCGGUGCUGAUUCUCGCCGUCAGCGCGCUGGCGACCUUCGACAGGGGGUGGCAGCCGAAGGUGCUGGCGGGCAUGUCGCUGAGCUCCCUCGCCGCGGGCGCCUUCCUGGCCAGAGAGGUCUACCUGGAGUCCCUGCCGACCGUGCAGCGAUACUGCGAGAUCCAGAAGGUACGCCUCGUCGACAACGAGGUCAGCUUCGAGUUUCAGCGCGUUCUUCAAAUCAGCGGCGGGGCUGACUCGAUGAGGCGUAUGCUGUUUCCUGUGGGAGAGAGGGUGCCCUGCUACCAGUACUACGACGAUCCAACACAAGUCAAGCUGACGGGGCCAGACCUGCAGCCCUUCCAGAACCCGUACGCACUCCUGAGCAUCCUUUGCAUCGGUGCCGCCUCUUUCUGGGCGCCCAUGAGCGUCAGGAUCAAGCUGCGCCGGUACGUCAGGCGGCACGCCUUUCCAACGCCCGGGACGCAGGUAGUCGAGCUCGCGAAGGGAGUGCUCCGCGAGCCG